AUGCACCAAUCCCAUAAAGUUGCAGUUAUUGGUGCCUCGGGUACACUAGGGGCAGUCGCCCUACGAAAGCUCCUCGAAGCGGACACGUUUACAGUCACCGUGAUCAGACGAGCUGGUUCUAGUUCCGCCUUCCCUGCGAACCUCAAGGUCAUCGACGUGGAUUAUUCGUCCGUGGACUCGCUCAAGUCAGCCUUCAAGGACCAAGAUUCGAUCCUAUCGCUUGUCCCGACUUUCGCAGUCGACGCUCAACAAGCUUUCAUAGAUGCUGCUGUUGAGGCUGGCGUUUCUCGCUUCAUUCCUUCGGAAUUCAGUGCCAAUCUCACCCAUCCAAAUGCCCGCACCCUUCCAGUCUUCGCCCCCAAAGUCAAGAUUCAGGAAUACUUGGUCGAAAAGGCCAAGAAUACGGGACUUACAUACACCUUCAUCUACUGCGGUGGCUGGUUAGAUGCGGGAUCACACCGAAGUUUUCUCAUCAGCAGCACCGGUGACACCACCAAUAUUUUCGAUGGCGGCGACGUCGCUUUCAGCGCAUCGACCCUUGAUACUGUCGCUUCGGCUAUUGUCGCAACCCUCGCCCAUCUGGAGGAAACCAAGAAUCGCUCUAUUCAUGUCCACAGCCUCGUGACAACCCAGAACCAUCUACUUGCAUUGGCCAAGGAAGUAGCACCGGAGAAACCGUGGCAUACAGUCAACCUCAAACUCGAGGACUUGACUGCAAAGGCUAAUGUGAGACUGGCGAAAGGUCUGGUCGAUUUCGAAACGUUUGCCCCAUACAUUUUUCGCGCCAUUUUUGAUCCUUCCUUUGGAGCUUGUUACGAGAGGACCGAUAAUCAGCUCUUGGGUAUUACAUAUUCAUCUGAUGAAGAUGUCAAGGAUAUCCUGCGGGAUUUACUGAAGAACAGAACGAAGGAUUAG